AAAAUCCGCUCCUCCAAACCUUCCCACCGCUUCGGCGUUCGGAUCCAAGAAAUAUUCCCUUUCCCCUCCUCAAUUUCCUCCAUAUUCCCAAUUACACUUCAUUUAUUUGGAAAAUUAAGAACAGUUCUAACAACUCUCUUCUUCAAAGAACGAAUUAUUAAUCUUAGAGGUACCUUUUUAAUUUCAAAUUUGUUUUUUUUUUCUUUUUGACUUUCUGGGUUCUGGUUAGAUCCUGCGCACCUUCUAUUAAUUGUUAACCCUUCAAAUUUCUUCAAUUCAUUGGAUAUUUUCUGAUUAGUUUUAUUUUAAUACUUUUGGGUUUCAGUUUUUAGGGAUUGUUAGAUUUAGGCAUCUUUGUUUAAGGGUAAGUUCAGAUUCUGGGUUUGAAAUAUUUCUGGUUUAAUUACUUUUUGAGGCCUUGAAUUAGGGGAUUUAGGUUUAUAGUUAUACCAUUGAAUUAAUAGUUCCAGGUGAAAUUUUCAUUCAUUUUAUGGCAUUUGAAUGCCAAGAAAGCACUGAGAUUUCUAAGAAUCUAGCUAAUUAUUCUGAGUCAAACCAUUCUAGUUACAAUUCCGCACCUGAAAAUUUGGAAACUUCAAAACCGUCUUUGGAUUUUAACCCUAAGAAGGGCAUUUCAAGCUUUUAUGGUUCAAAACAGUUACCUCCUAAUGAUGUUUUUACGAAUGCCCGGCGGUCAAUCACUGAUCUCCCACCAGCCUUAGUUUCAGAAAUUUUGAAUUACCUCGACCCUAAAGAGCUUGGUAUAAUAUCUUGUGUGUCGACCAUUCUCCAUAAUAUAGCAUCCGAGCAUCACGUUUGGAAAGAGUUUUAUUGCGAGAGGUGGGGUUUACCAGUUGCCUCGGGACUUUUGGGUGCUGGGGCUUCCGAUGAGAAAUCAUGGAAAAAAUUGUUUGUGGAGAGGGAUUUUAGGAGCAAGACAUUUUUAGGAAGGUGUAGCAUUGAUGUUUUAUAUGGUCAUACUGAAGCUGUUAGAACUGUGUUUCUGUUGGCUUCCGCCAAACUCAUUUUUACUGCUGGAUAUGAUUCGGUUGUACGAAUGUGGGAUAUGGAGGAGGGGCUGUCAAUUGCAUCGUCGCGGCCCCUUGGUUGUACUAUUAGGGCUGUUGCAGCUGAUACUAAACUAUUAGUUGCUGGGGGUACCGAUGGCUUUAUCCAUUGUUGGAAGGCAGUAGAGAGUCUUAAGCACUUGUUUGACCUUAAGGGUGUUGAGAAACAGAACAAGGAGUUUCGACUGUGGGAACACGAGGGGCCUAUAACUUCUCUUGCUUUGGACCUUACUAGGAUAUAUAGUGGUUCUUGGGACAUGACAGUUCGUGUUUGGGAUAGGUCAUCACUGAAGUGCACACAGGUAUUGAGGCAUGGUGACUGGGUUUGGAGCCUUGUUCCUCAUGACACAACUGUUGUAAGCACAUCAGGUUCUGAUGUGUUUCUUUGGCAGACAAAUACUGGGACUCUGUUAAAUGUUAUUCACAAUGCUCACGUUGGUAAUACUUAUGCCUUGGCUCGGAGUCGCACUGGAGACUUCCUUUUUACUGGUGGAGAAGAUGGAGCGAUACACAUGUUUGAGAUUAUAAGUGGGUCUGACGAAUCUAGUGUCGUGCAGGUUGCAACAUGGAUUCCUCACUCAGGUGCUGUUUACUCACUUGCAUUUGAGUUUCCCUGGCUUGUUUCAGCUUCCAGUGAUGGUAAACUUGCACUAAUUGAUGUUCGGAAGUUGUUGAGGGCCAGUAAGCGCACCUUGGGGAAAAGGGUUUCAAGGGAUAAUGACAUUGACCAAAGGAACAUAGAGCCACCCCAGAGAAUGCUCCAUGGAUUUGGGUGCAAUUUGUUCUCAGUCGGUAUUGGUGCAGAUCGAAUUGUCUGUGGGGGUGAAGAAGGUGUUGUUCGUAUCUGGAACUUCUCAGAAGCUCUAGAAAUUGAGCAGAGGGCACGGGCACUAAGAGGAAUACGUUUGGAGAAUAGGAUGAGGCGACGCAGACUUCAAAUUGAGAUGAAUAAUAAGGGUGGUCGAACUGAUCAAUGUUCUGUUGCAGCCAAGAAGAAAACAGUCAAUGGUGAUAGGAAUAGUGUCUGGCACAGUAAACGUAGCAUAAGCUCCAAGGUGAAGACAUAACGGCUGUCAGAUGAUUUAUGAUUAUACUUACUUUAUGCCUUUAGGCUUCCAACAUAUUCAUCUUUUUUCUAUUAUGACAAGAUUAUACACAAUAACUUUGUGACUGUAUGGUAACUAUGAUAUCUUUUAGUUAUCCAUGGAUUUUAAUCUCA